UUUGACCAUGCCACAAUGUUUAUAACUGUCUGUUUGUUGCUGAGUUUCCUGGAUUUCGCGAGACAGCAGACGCCGUCGCCCCGGGCGCUGAGCGUGGCUCCUAAGGUCCCGUGCGCGCCGUCCCCAGCUUGCGAGUCCAGACUGCGGCGGGAUGCCGGGGGGCGCGGAGGGGUCUAUGAACAUCUCGGGGGAGCACCCAGGCGGAGGAGGCUCUACUGUGCGACCAAGUACCAUCUGCAGAUCCAUCUCAAUGGGAAGAUUAACGGCACGCUGGAAAAAAACAGCAUCUUCAGUAUCUUGGAAAUAACUGCUGUCGACGUGGGAGUGGUGGCGAUCAAAGGCUUGUUUUCGGGUAGAUAUCUGGCCAUGAACAAAAGAGGACGCCUAUACGCCUCGGAAGUCUACACUCCAGAGUGUGAGUUUGUAGAGAGAAUUCAUGAGUUGGGAUAUAACACAUACGCGUCCAGAUCUUACAGGACCAUUCCAAACCCAUCGGGAUCAAGCCGCAGAAACAGCGCUGAGAGACUCUGGUAUGUGUCCAUCAAUGGCAAGGGACGACCAAGGAGAGGCUUCAAAACCCGAAGGACUCAAAAAUCUUCCCUUUUCUUGCCGAGGGUGCUGGACAGCAAAGAUCACGAAAUUGUCCGAUUAUUCCGUACUGGUUCCAAAAAGCGAGAGGCCCUGGUGAAAAAUCCAAGCAAGGCGGAGAAAACGAGAGCUGCCCAAUAGUGGUGAACAUCGCUGGGGUGACAACGCUUGCAGAGAGAUGCUUUAUAAUGUUGGACUCCAUUCGGUUGGAUCUAGGACUAAUUUUAUUUGUAGAGUAAUAUACCUAGUAUUGCAGGUUGAAACUAUCUAUGAUAUAAUUAAUGUAAAUAUGUAAAUUAGUUUCUAUUUCAGUUCUGCCGCUACCUUCAAAGACAUGUAAUGUAUAUCGUUCUCAAUGUCUUACCGAACUAAGUAGCAACUUGUA